AUGUUACCAAACUUAAGAUAUGUUCUGCGAACUUUGAGGAUUAUCAUAUCCACGAGAGUUAUUGGAAAUGUAUGGAAAUUCUUAACUAUUAGUCCAAUUGCAAUCGUUUGGAAAGCUAAGCCAACAGCCAAAGCUAAGCGUCAAUUUAAAACUGCAGGAGAUCUCAUAAAUGUUCAGCUACCGGUUUUGCUCACUUUACGAGCUGUUUGUGGUAGUGACAGAAAUUUAAGUAGCUUUGAAAACAAGAAUGUGAUUGAUAAUUGA